AUGGAGGUCGACCCCAUAUCGAUCCUCCCCAAAUCAAACAACAAAUCCACAGUCUCAGCGGAAGCAGCUUCUUCAACGAUGUCCCAAUCAUCAAAACUCAUUUUUGUCACUGGUGCCUCUGGCUUCUUGGCGUCUCACAUUAUACAGGAGCUCAUAACCCAAGGCUACCGUGUCAGAGCGAAAAACAAGGUCGGACCCUUGAAGGCCCUCUAUGAAUCAGUGCCAGUAGAGAUAGUAGAGAUUGCAGAUAUUGCACACGACCAGUUUGAGGAUGCAUUAACUGGUGUGGAUGCCGUUAUCCAUACUGCAUCUCCUCUUCCUGGUCGAGAAGAUAUUGAAAGCAUGUUCAAGAGCGCCGUUGAUGGCUCUCUGAACGUCUUGCGUCAGGCAGAGAAAGUUGGGGUAAAAAAAUUCAUCGUCACAAGCUCCAUCGUUACGGCCUUGUUCGAUCCCUCAGCCAAAGGAGGUGCCUAUCGCCUGAACCACUGGCUCCCUUUCACAAAGGAAAAUGCUACGCCGGAGAAUGGAAAUAUGGCAAUAUAUGCCAUCGCGAAGAAAUACGCGGAACUGGCUGUAUGGGAAUGGGCCGAUGCCCAUCCUCACGUCGAUGUUACUACCAUUAACCCUCCUUAUUUCUACGGACCUUUCGCUCCUCUCCACCUCCCAAUCGCUCCAGGAGACUUUAACGCUCUGUCAACCGGCCUGAUGAUCUACUCUCUUCUCUCUCCGUCUGGGAAUUUCCCAACAGGCGCAGGAUAUGCAGACGUCCGAGACAUUGCACGCGCACACGUCGGGGCAUUGCGCCCGUCAACAGUUGAAGGGAGAAAGCGUAUCAUCUUCUCUAGUCCUCACGAGCUGCAUUUCAAAGAAGUCCUGGACGCCAUCAGGAAAGCCAGACCCGAAGUGGAGGGACGGCUGAUCAAGGCUCCCGUGCCUGAUUAUCCCUUUUACAAGUUCGACGUCGACUUCUCACUCAUUGAAAAAGUCACUGGCCUUAAAGCCGAGGACUUCCAUCCUGUUAUUGAGACCUUGCUCGAUACCGUGAAUGCGAUACUUGAUUUGGAAAAAUCUUGGGUAGAUAGUGGAUUCGUCAUGCCAGAAGUCAUACCCAAGAUGGAUAGUUAA